CACAAAAAUAUUUUUUAACCUAUUUUUCAAAAAAAUAUAAAUCAGCCAUAGUAAUAGUAGUAAAAAAAGAAAUUCCUUCAACAAAAACACAGGGAAAACGUAAGGAAAUCCACACCUAAGGGUGUCUAGUGAUGUUGGGGUCAUCAGAUUCCCGAGUGCCGAAGAUACUGUCCCAAAUUGCUCUGAAACCAAACAAGAUGAAUAGUACCUUUUAUUUAAACAAAGCCAAAGAAUGCUUCAAGAACAACAAUUAUCCGGACGCCUACGAGAAUUUCGUCAAUUAUUUCGAUAGCUUGGACGAUCCUUUAACCAGCAGCCCUCCAGUGCAAUUGGGUUUCACUAAACUUGUUUGUAGAAUUGGCAUUGUAUUGGAGGAGGCGAAUGACACCGAGGAGUUGCUCAAGAUUUAUUUGCAAGCUAUCAAUUUUUUUCCUAAUAAUUAUAUCAUCUUGAAUAAUUUAGGAGGGUAUUUAUUCAAAAUGGGUCAAGUUGAUAUAGCCCGAACAUACCUGGACAAAGCUGUGGCCUGCAUCAAAAAUUAUUUACCAGCAGAGAAAAAUUUGAUGCACUGCAAAUGGCGCCAGAUACCAAGAUGGCAUUUCAAAAUGUUAAACGAUACUGGACGAAAUUCCGCUUAUUUCCAGGCUAUCAAAAACAUUACCAGUAGAGGUUUCCAUAAUGUAAUAGAUAUUGGAGCAGGUUGUGGUCUGUUAUCUUUAAUGGCAGCAGAUAAUCCAGAAGUUAAUGUCACAGCUAUAGAAGAGAAUAAAAUUUUAGCAAAAAUGUGUGAAAACGUCAUGAAAGAAAACCAAAAAAGCAACGUUAAAGUCAUAAAUUGUUAUUCUACAAAAUUGACAGAGGCUCCAGCACCUUGCAAUUUGUUGGUUACUGAAAUUUUCGACUGUGCAAUAUUUGGAGAGCGGAUGUUGGAAACUUUAUUACAUGCUCAUCAUGUUUUGAUUACAGAAAAAAAUAAUUUCAAAAUUGUACCAUGUGGGGCUAGAUUAUAUGCAGCAGCAAUAAACUACAGAGACCCUCAAAGUUGCAGAGUUGUAAACCGAAUUCCAGAACUAAACCUGACAGAUAUGUGCAUAAGGCAUAUUACCCCCGACAGUUACGAAGCUGAAGACUUAUCUACCAAACAUAUUGAUUAUUUAUCAGUUCCACUUAAGGUUUUUGAUAUUGAUUUCUAUGAUAUUUUGGAACUUAACGAUAUGGCUAAUAAUAUGGAGUUUUCAAAAAUUAUUGAGUUUGAAUGUCUUCAAGAUGCAACUUUGACUUCAGUAGCGAUUUGGUUUGAACUGGAUCUAGAUGAAGAGAUCACUAUAACAACAGACCCCAGAUGCCAGGAAAGGGUGAAGUGCUGGGAGCAAGGAGUCUGUCAUUUACACCAUCCAAUUGAAGUCAAAAAAGGGGAAAAGAUAGCAUUUGAAGUUACCGUUUUGGACAGCCAAUUGAGGUUUUUUCAGAUUACAAAGCCUAAUACUUGUGUAUCGUGCUGGUUGGUGUCUAAAGAAAUUAUCUCAUUUUUGAAUGAUGUCCCUCUAGUUAAAGAAAUGAUGACCUUGGCGAAUAAAUUUAUGAAUCCGGAUUUUCUGAAGAAAUUUCCAGAUCCAAAUAAACCAGUCAUGGAUUUAAUGUGUUUCCCACUACUAGGAUUUAUGUUAGCAGCCAAAAAAGGUUGUCAGUUUUACACGACGAUAAAAUCGGAAAGUGACUAUCAAUACAUGGACUUUUUUGAUCAUAUUUUAAGAUUAAAUAACAUUCCACAGGGUAAAAUGAUAGUUAUAGAAAAUAAGAUUGGCCACAAUACAACGAUGUGCGGCAUCCACAAGUACCUCAAGGAAUGCAAAGCGUGUUUAAUUGAUCCGAUAAGCACUGAUGGCUCGAUACAUCCAACAAUAGCAUUGAAAGAAAAAAUAAGGCCAGACCAACCAGACAUUUUCAUGAUGCCAGUUAAAGUUGUAGUUAAAGUGCUACUAAUAUAUUCCGAGCAGCUGGAAGUAUGGAAUGUUGUAAACGACCGCAAUGUUUUUGAUUUUAAGAUUGCCCAGUUUAUGAAUGAAUAUACGGGCUCAGAACAUCCCGAUCUAGAUUCAGAUUUUGUGUAUAAAGAAUACUCAAGUCCGAUUUCCUUCACUGUUGACGACAAGGAUUAUGUGAAGAAAACUCAGAAUAUUUUGGUGACAGAAACGGGACAUAUUAAUGCAUUGUACACGUGGUAUGAAAUGCAAUUUUGUGGCAAUAUUGACUUUUCCACGAAAGACAGUUCUCAUUUAAAAAAAAGUUGUUACCUGUUGGACCAUAGAGCGGUUGAACUAGGAGACCUUUUCAGGGUUGUGAUGCGCAGGGAAGGAACCUACCUUGAUUUCCGACUAGAAGAAUAAAUUAGUUAAAUGAUCUGGAGUGAUUAAAAUGGAUGCCUUAAUUACUCACUACAGGGUACAACAUAAGCACUCUUGAGAAUUUUGUGUUUUAGUCACAUUCAGAAGGAUUUUAACAGUAUUUAUUAUGUUUGGUUAAUUCAGGAAUGUAUCACGACACAAUGUUCUUUUCCUUUAAUAUUUAGUAUUAUCCUAACUUUAAUGCAAUAGUUUUUGUAAUUUUUCUAUUACUUUAAUUCUGUUGAACUUGUGAUGGUGUAUUUAUGUCUGACAUAAUUCUAAACGUCUCAUCACUGUAAUUAUUUGUGAAAUUGAUGAAAUAAAGAUGUGUUUAAUGUUUA